AGUAACACUUUCGAGCCUUGACAAUCGGGUUGAAAAAUCGAAAAGCUAAAAAAAUUAUUUUGUUCAGCAGUGUGUUUACUUCUCUCUCGUUCAAUAGGCACGUACACACACACACGUUUCUCGACAGACAGCUUCAGCAAAUGGCAUUCUGUGGCCACGUUAGCUCCUCUGGACAAAUAGUCCUGCGGGAUGAGAUCUUCACCAGCAGGACUCGCGUCAUUUCGUCAUCCAGAGGCUCACCAAACUCUAUGUCUUCGCCCAGUUCGCUCGCUCAGGACACCACCACACGCACGUACUUCUUCAAGGACGCCGCUGAAAAUCCUUCGCCCCAAUCCACGGGUUACUGGUCACCCGAAGGACUCAAGCGAUCGCAGAACCAGAGCAGCUUGGUGCCCUCGCUGUGCCUCAACUCUCCGGACAGCUCCCUCAACUAUCUCAGACACGUAAAGGGAAUUAAGGUGGACCGCCAGCCGGAGGCCGCCUACGAGAACUGGUACUCGGCCAAGCAGCAGCAGCUCCUAGACAAGCAGCGGCGGAUCAAGGAGGAGCUGAACUUUAAACAGCAGCAGAGGGAGGAGCGCAAGCAGCUGGCCAGGAUGUGCUACGACCAGUGGCUGAAGGACAAGAGCCGCCAGGCGGCAAACUUGCAGCUGGAGAACCACAUCCAGGAGGCGACCAUGAAGGCCAGCCUCGCUCUGCGCAAGAGUCCCCUGGUGUCUCUGCGCAAGAAUCCACUGGUGUCCGCAUCCAGCUCACUGGGUUGCGGGCGUAGCUCCUCGACGUCAUCCAGAGCCAUUCGCAAGGUGUCCAAGGACGAGAUACGCAGGGUCGUCGAGGACUGGUGGCUAAAGAAGCAGCGUCAGCAGCAGGCGCAGCGCGAGGAGAGGCGACGCGCCAUGAUGUCCAAGGCCUUCGAGGAGGAACAGCGCCGGCAACUCGCCCAGGCUGCCUGGUCGAAGUGGAUGAGCAACGUGGACGCCAAGCCCAAGCCGGUGCCCCUCAAUCAGGGCUUGGACUCACUGCGAGGCACCGUCUCCCAGCUCUACGUGAAUCCUAAUUCAUGGAUGGCUCCAGCUAAACAGCCGCAGAUGUAGUCCUCAUUAUUCAGAUGUCCAAUUAUCCGGAAAAUAUUUAGAUAUUAAACAGUGAUGUUGAGCUUGUCGAAAAAUAUACCCCGACAGGGUUUCAAAACUA